UGUAAACUUCCGACUUCAACUGUAUACUAGUACUACAAUCUACUGCUGUAGAAGUAGUAGGCCUACUGUAAUUCUUCUACAAUCUGCUAUACUGUACAUUGAAAUGUGAUGAGUGGAUGAUAUUUAGUCUGAAGCAUAUUUUUAUCCUCUGAUCAUUAGGACCGACCAAUCAGCCAUUCAGUAUCCUACUAUCCCUGGAAUCCAAGUUUCCUCCUUGGUCAAUGGAAUAUUUACAUUUUAACACAUGGGAUUAUUGCUGUUUCCUGUUGUAAAAUUAGCAAUGAGUUAUCACCUGUACUUGUUUAACAAGUUAUCACAAUGAUGACUGAACUGUUAAUUAAUCAAUUUACGCAGCAUUCCUUGGCCCAGUUCCAAUGUUAUCAACUCGGAUCCAUUUUCUUUCAGUGCUUGUGAGUUCCUUGUUGGGCCUGAAAUGUUUGUUAGUUGAAUUGUUUCUCUGUAAAUAACUGACAAAUUGCAUCACCCUCAAGAUAAACAUUUACUGUAAACUCCAUAUGAUUUUGUCUUGUACUCACACAUUUCUAAAUUCUUACAGGUGGAAAAUCUUUACCAUUACUUGGGUGGCAAUUGGUAUUGAAUUCCCUUUGAGCUUUUGUUUCCUGUGAGAAAACAUCAAUCUGCAUGGUGCUGUCUCUCUACUGGCGGGCCAGCCUUUCUUCUUGAAUGGGUGCCAGCCAAUGAGCUUCCUCCUGAGCAGGCGUCACUCCCUUUUCACCGGCUGCUGCAGUCAAUCAGCUUAUUCAGCACAGAGAGGAUAUGUGCUGUGUGUGCUCAGGCCUUUCCACACUGCUAAAAGCCUACAACCUCCCUAUCUGCCUCCCACUUUACCCCAACAAACAUCCCAUGCCGCUGACCCUCCCAUCCCCCAUUCCCCCACAAGCCUCCACUCACACCCAUGCCACAGCUCUGUUAGUGAGUGAGUCAGUGGAGAAAGUUACACCAGUCUCUAUGUUGGUGUGUUUGCCAGGCACUCGACGGCAACAACCGCAGCACAAUCCUUUGGCCCGCCAGCCCUGCUGAGUCUGAUCCCAGGCCUCUUCUCAAGACAGCCUCAGCAUGGAAAGCCCAGUGAGGGCUGAGCCAGCUACCCCAACCCUGGUUCCCCCAGCUCCCCGAAACCAUACUUCUUCUCUAAGUCCCAGAGCUGAGGCCAAAGAGAAGAGGUCGGAGGUGAGCGAGGGAACAGCGGAUGAGUGUGAGGCAGUGGACACAGAGGAGGACCCUAUAUGUCUCUCGCUGUUAUCAAAGAUGACUGUGUUUGUGGAGGCGCCAGCAGAGGAUGCAUCAGAGAAGGCUGCGGCUGAGGAGGCUGCAGCCAAGGAGAGGGCUGAGAGAGAGGCUCAGAGGCAGCUCCUGGCCACAGAGGAGCUGAUUUACACAGAGAGGAACUACCUGAGACUCCUCCAGGUCUGCACCUGCACCAUCAGGAGCAACCUGCAGAAACUACAGCCUCAGCUGCCUAACCUGGACAGCAUGUUCCUGUACAUAGAGGAGGUGAUUGAUGUGUCGGGACGCCUCCUCAGCCUCCUGGAUCAGAAGCAGGUCACGCCCCAUGAUCCUCUCUUCCUGGAGACCCUGUGUGAUGCCUUCCUCAGUCUAUCAACAGACAUAGAGUCGGCUUACAAGGAGUACCUGUCCAACUACAACACCGUCACAGCGUUAGAGAACAGCUACAAACAGAAAGAAUCCCUGUGGACUGAGAUGGUGAAAGUCAUCAAGUCCUCAGCGCCAGAGGUGAAUGCUACCUCUCUGAGCUUCUUCCUGGUGAUGCCAGUCCAAAGGAUCGCUCGCUACCCUCUUCUCCUCCAGACCAUCAUGAAACAUACAGACCCUGGGCACCCGGCCUACUCUCUCCUGGAGCAGACUGCCCACGCCGCCGUAGCCGUCAACUGCAGGAUCAAUGAGUACAAACGCUUCCGAGAAGUUGCCGACAAAUACAAGAAGACGGAAACCUUGACAAUAAGGGAUAAGAUAAAUCGUCUGAAUAGCCACAGCAUCGCAAAGAAGACUGCCAGACUGAGUCAGUUCAUCAAGCAUGAGACGGGGAUUGCACCAAAGUUGGUUGAUGAGGAGUUUGAUGCCUUGGAGGGCUUUUUCUAUCUCCUUGAAAAUGGUAUCGCCGUGCUACAUGAAAAUGUGGAGACGUAUCUCAGCCAUCUGCAGAGAUUCCUUAGCUGUCGACCGGAGGAGUUUGACCUUGAUAUGGACGGCGAGAAGACUGCUAUAUGCUACAAGGAAAUCACAGCAGCAUUGAGACAAUGGAUACUUCCUACAUUUGAGAAGAGGAUGAGGACGUUGGUCCACAAGCCGCUCUGUGCCCUUCGAGAACUGCUGGUGGGGCCUCGUAACCUGAUCCGUAAGCGCCUGGACAAGCUGCUUGACUACGAGCUGAUCGAAGAGAAGCCCAGUCUGAGCUACGAUGAGCAGGCGGUGGCAAACACCUAUAAGACCAUCAACACGUUGCUCCUCAACGAGCUGCCCCAGUUCAAUGGCCUGGCCCUCACCCUGCUCUGGGGCAUGCUGGGGGCCUUCAGCUGCCUGCACAAGGACCUGGCUGCAGACAUGGAGCAGCUCUUCCAGGGCUUUGCCCAACAGCUCCCUCACAGUUCCCUGGAGCCUAAUGCAUUCUGGGAGUGGGCAGAGUGUUCAGUGCUGGAGGGUGCGAGGAUGCUGGAGACUCUGUGUCGGAAUGUGGAGGACCAACUCAAUGCUCCCAUUGUCCAGCCUCUCAGCCCUGGGUCUCAGAAGUGUCUGAAGGUCCUGACAGACAAGCAUGGCUCAGCCAAGAUCUACCAGCUGACGGGUCAUGUGGUGGGGACUAGAGACCUGGACCUGAGCCUGAACAGAGGAGAGCUGGUGGCCAUCAUCAGUGAGAUGGACACACGGGGGGACAGACGCCGCUGGCUGGUCGACGCAGGGGGUCCAAGAGGAUAUGUCCCCUCCUCCAAACUGGUGCGUUACCACCAGAUAACCAUGGACCCUCCCCCGUCCCCUCAUCUGACAGUCACUACAAUGGAUUGUGCUGGAGGUGUCAGGCGACACUCCUACACCCCUGACGUCAGGCGACACUCCUUCUCCCCUGAUAUACCCCAGCCCGUGAGGACUCUGUCGAUGACCAUGCCCUGCUUCCAGGUGUUUGCAGGCUAUGACUUCACGGCGAGGAGCAGUCACGAGGUCUCUCUGAGGGUGGGGGAACCAAUCAGAGUGCUGGAACCCCACGACAAGAGGGGUAGCCGCGACUGGAGCCUGGUGGAGGUGCGGGAACAGAGGGGGUAUGUUCCCUCCAACUACCUGGCAGUGGUGCCUACAUCUACGUCGCCCACCACCCCCUACCACUAGGGUUGCCCCGGGCAACCAGCCAGUCCGUGCUAGACGCCACUCAACCAUCGCUGCCCACGCACCUCUGCUCAGCAGGAGAAGCACUCUCACUGAAGCCUACAUCUACAGGAGGGCGAGGGCGAGAAAGAGGUGUGUG